AUGGCUAGUUCUAGUUGUCUUCCUCCUGGUAAUAAGUUUCGCCCGACUGAUGUUGAUCUGAUUGCUCAUUACUUACACAAGAAGGUUUUCGGUUUACCAUUGUCCAGUGAUAUUGUCAAAGAUUGCGAUCUUUAUGGCAGUCAAGAACCUUGGGAAAUUUGGAAGUAUUACAAAGGAGAGAAGGCAGAGGAUCUUUACGUUUUCACUCCGCUGAAGAAAACAUCCAGUAAGGGCAAAAGAAUUUGCAGGAAAGUUGGUUCAGGUGCUUGGUAUGGUGAAGAUGCUGCCCAAGAAAUUCAAGAUAACAGGGUUAUUGGGUAUAAGAAAAGUUUUCGGUAUGAAAACAAAGGGUCAGAACAUGAUGGAGUGUGGAUUAUGCAUGAGUACACAUUAUUGGGCCAGGAUCAGUUUGUUCUCUGUCGAAUUCGAAGAAAUUAUCAACUGAUUAGGAAAAGGCAUUUGGGAAAAAAGAGGAAAUGUCAUGAAGUUGAGCAUACUGAUGAGAAUCACCAGUCUAAUAAGUGUUUUAAGGUCCGAAAUUAA